CCCUCGCAGCAUUGGCUAGCAUCAGAUGCGAGUCUAUAUCGGAAGCAGCUCAGGUGGUGAGAAAAAAAAUGUCUGUCUCAUCUUAAUACAACAAAAACAGCUUUACCAUGCAGGGCUAAAAUGUCUCAAAUGAUAGGCCUAUGGGUCUUUCGUUCGACCUAAUCGAUGCCUUUUUCGGCAGUGAAUUGGGGGAUGCUUGGCAAACCGUAAUUUCUGUCCCGGGAUAAAAUUGCUGCCGCGGCACACACGUCUCAGAUAAACCCGGGCUCUCAAGCGGACUCUGAACAUGGCCACCAUGAGGAUAUUAACAGCUGCCGGACUGUUCUUGGCCUUCUGUGCUCUGGGACUGUUGACAAUGGCCAUAAGCACGGACUACUGGUAUGAGACUGAUGCGAGGCGGCACAGAGAAAGAUGCAAAAAAUACGCCAGUAAAAGGAUUGACCCUGGAUAUAUUUAUAUUUCAAAUCAAAACCUUCCUUUACGGAUGCAUCCAAAUGGAAAUGUUGUUGAAAGGACGAAGACCACUGAUGGGGCUCUUUUGCGGGUUAGACGGGAAUCUAUAGCUCCAGCUGCGGGCAUAGAAUCCCGCUGUAGUCGGCGUUUUAACUCGACUGUAACCGGAUUGUGGAGAAAGUGUCACCGGGCAGGUUUCGAUGUAGAAAAUGAGGAAUUGAUAUUCAAAGGUUUACUUCAGCGCUGCAUUCCAGUGAAGUACUACUACUCCUCAGCAACUAUUCCUCGUGACCUGCCCAUCAAUAUCACCAAGACAAUACGCCAAGAUGAGUGGCAUGCUCUGCACUUGCAGAGAAUGACUGCUGGCUUCAUAGGAAUGGCUGUCUCGAUCAUUCUGUUUGGCUGGAUGGUAGGACUCCUGGGUUGCUGCAACCAAAAUGAGCUGAUGCAGUAUGUAGCUGGCCUGUUGUUCUUAAUGGGAGGAACCUGCUGCAUCAUCUCCCUGUGCACAUGUGUGGCCGGCAUUAACUUCCAGCUCUCGCGCUACCCCCGCUACGUGUACGGGCUGCCCGAGGACAUCAGCCACGGCUACGGCUGGUCCAUGUUCAGCGCCUGGGGGGGACUGGGCCUCACCCUGCUGGCCGGCUUCCUCUGCACACUGGCCCCCUCCCUGCACACGCCCCAGAGCACAGUCACGCACAAGCCGCGGCAGGAGAAUGGCAUCGUGUGACAGGCGGAGGGGCAACCCCGAGCACCAGGGCCCCGCGCUCAUCCCCACUGCUUACAAAACAAAGAAGAACCCCCCCUUCCCCCCUGAGCAGGAGAGGAACACUGAAAGGCCCACUUUCACCCACUCAGACUUGGAGAGCCCCAUGUGGACUAGAGGAGAACAUGGGCGCUGGGUCCACUGAGACCCGUUUUUGGCAAAGUGAUGUUUUACUGAAGAUGUUCUGUGUUAUAAUGGUGCUCUUUCUCUGUGCCCCCCAGACGCCCUCUGGUUCACUCUUUCUUCAAAUCAUCUGUUCUUUAUUUGUCUCCUUUGUCUCAGAGGAUAUCAAGCAGGGAGCUGUUUUAGAAAUUGGCAGGUUAGGUUUUUAGUUAGGUGCUUUUUUUAUUUGUCUUUAUGUUGCCUGUUGUAUAAACAAACAAAAAAAAUCUCUCAAAUGUCUUCCUGUAUCGUCAUAUCAUUUGUUGUACACUUUAAAAUGACUGGACGAAAACAAUUAAGAGCACAAAAGGAUACAUGAGACUGAAAGGAGCGAAGUAUACAUCAUGAGUACAUACUUGUCCGUUCAUUUCUAAUGCAGUAUGUGUAAAUGUAACCCUGUUUCUCUGAUCGUUUGUUUUUAGAGUAAAUGUACAGUAUUGUGAUGCAGGGUCAGGAAUGGUUGUGAUGGCACAAACCCAUGUUUGAAAGAUAACAAGAAUAAAUCAAGAUCUUUAAUAGAAAA